AUGUCGACGAAGAGGAUCACGUUAAUAAGCAGCGAUGGCGUAUCUUUUGUGGUCAGAGAAGCGGUCGCACAUAAGUCACAGAAGAUAGCAGAUCUUGUUAAAGACGAUUGCACCAACAACAACAACAACAACGUAGUCGUCCCGCUUCCAAACGUGAAGGUCAGGAUCCUCGCGAUGGUAAUAGAGUAUUGCAACAAACACGUGGAAGGUGAUCCCGACGAAGAAGCAGUCAAGGAGUGGGACACUGAGUUCAUGAAGUUCAACGAUCAAAACAAACUCCACGAUCUCAUGAUGGCUGCGUAUGAUUUAAAGAUCGAAGGCUUGAUUCGUCUCACUUGCAAAACAGUCGCUGACAAGAUCCCAUACCAAACUGAAGAUGAGGUACGUGCAUUCUUCAAGAUGAAUGAUGAUUUGAAACCAGAGGAAAAAGAACAAAUUCGCAGGGAGAAUUCAUGGGCCUUUGAAUGA